AUGGCGUUCUCAUCCGCCGUCAACUCGGCCGCAAUUCGCUCCGAGAUGGCUUUUGAAAAACCCACCCUAGAUUGUAGCGGCAAGCUGGCAUAUGGUCUCACCAAAGAAGACUGUUACUACAUGUCAAGUAUUGGCAUGGCCGCCCAAGGACUGAGCGCCCAGUCUCAGUCUCAGUCCGACGACGCCUACAUCUGGGUAGGUGAUCAGGGACCCAACACGUUUACUUUCACCAACGCGGGCAACAGCCCUAUGACACUCAUUAUUUAG